AAGACUAAGAUAAGAUUCGUGUCACGACGGUUUAAUCCGCGCAGAAAAUAAAUGUAGCGCGCGAAUCGUGGUGUUUCGAAAUCGCUCAAUCUAUUAUUAUUAUUUCGCUUUCACUGUCAUAUUUUGGCAAGCGUAGAAAUUUCAAUAAAACAGCGCGGAUCAAAUAGCAGUAAGAUUUCAUUCACCAUGAGAAAAACUGAAAAUAAUUUCACCUCGAAAAUUUUAUGGGAAACAAAUAAAGAAAAAUUGAAAAAUGACGGAGAGUACAGACCCUGGUUGCCAUCACCACCGAAACUCAGUGAAUAUGCCGGUAAUGUAGUGGAUCAAUUGCCAAUGCCAAUCUGUUGGGAAUGGAGCUUUGACGAGAUUAAAGAACAGCGGUACACGGAAACAAUACAAAUACUGACAGAGCUACUGGUCUCGCAUUCUGAAUCACGAGCAUGUUUGUCCUUACUGGCUCACUGUUAUUUCUACACACAAGAUUUCAUCGGUGCAGCGGAUUGUUACGAGAAAUUGUUGCACUCGUAUCCGGAGGAGAAUCUCUACAAACUCCGUUACGCCCAGUCUCUUCAUCAGGCUUGUUUGUAUCAGGAAGCCUGGUCGGUAUGUGCGAGUAUCGCAACUGACGAGUCCACCGACAUGGAGGGUAAAGUACGAAAGCUCCAGGCUGCCAUUAAAUACGGACAAGAAGAUAUCGUUGCGGCGAAAAGCUUUGUGGAUCAAUGUCCCGAAGACGACGUUGAUACGGAAAUAAAUUUGGGAUGUUUGGCUUACAAGGAGGCAGAGUAUGAGAAAGCUUUGAAAAAAUUUUCAAAUGCUCUUCAAAUCGUGGGAUUCAAACCUCAUCUGUCAUACAACGUUGCUCUCUGUUAUUACAGGCUGAAGGAAUACGCAGCUUCUCUAAAACACAUUGCCGAUAUCAUCGAGCAAGGUAUUCGGGAACAUCCAGAGUUGAGUGUCGGUACAGCAACUGAAGGAAUCGAAGUACGAAGCGUUGGAAAUACACUUACGCUUCACGAAACUGCUCUCACUGAAGCCUUCAAUCUUAAGGCAGCCAUCGAAUAUCAAUUGCAAAACUACGAAGCAGCUCGCGAAGCGCUCACAGAUAUGCCUCCGCGUUCUGAAGAAGAACUUGACGCUGUUACUCUUCACAAUCAAGCUCUCAUUAAUAUGGAUACCAAGCCAGCCGAGGGUUUUGAAAAAUUACAAUUUUUACUUCAACAGAAUCCUUUCCCAUCCGAGACAUUUGCCAAUUUAUUGCUUCUGUAUUGCAAGUACCAGUAUUAUGAUCUGGCAGCUGAUGUUUUGGCGGAAAAUGUACAUCUCACAUACAAAUACCUGACUCCGUACCUGUACGACUUCUUAGAUGCAUUGAUAACUCAGCAAACCGCACCGGAGGAAGCUUACAGAAAACUUGACGAUCUUGCCAACAAACACACCGAGGCACUCCGCAAAGCAACGAAGCAAGUUCAAGAGGCUCGCUUGAAUCAUGACGAGAUUGCGGUUAAAAAGGCCGUAAACGAUUAUGAAGAAGCUUUGGAACGUUACGUGCCAGUUCUUAUGGCUCAAGCAAAGAUUUACUGGGAACUGGGAAAUUAUACCCAAGUCGAAAAGAUAUUUCGUAAGAGCGCAGAUUUCUGUAACGAAUACGACGUGUGGAAACUAAACGUCGCUCAUACGCUCUUCAUGCAGGAAAACAAGUUCAAUCAAGCUGCCGGCUUUUACAAGCCGAUCGUCAUUAAAAAAUUUGACAAUAUCCUCGAAGUGAGUGCGAUUGUACUGGCCAAUUUGUGCGUCAGUUACAUAAUGGAUACUCGAAAUACGGAGGCUGAGGAGUUGAUGAAAAAAAUUGAAAAGGAAGAGGAAGCGGUGUCGUUCAAAGAGCCGGAUAAAAAAUUGUUCCACCUUUGUAUCGUGAAUCUCGUAAUUGGAACUCUUUAUUGCUCAAAGGGUCAUUACGAAUUUGGUAUAUCGCGGGUGAUGAAAAGCCUCGAGCCGUACAACAAGAAAUUGGGCACCGACACGUGGUUUUACGCGAAACGAUGCUUUCUGUCGUUGCUUGAACAGCUCUCUAAACAAUUGGUCGUCUUGAAGGAUUCUACUCUGCAGGAUUGCAUUCAAUUUUUCGACCAUUGCGAGGUUUACGGACGUGACAUACCAACGGUGAUUGAGCAGCCUUUCGAAAUAAACGAUUUUCCGAGCGUGCCGCGAGGAAAACAAACUGUUACUUACGAAGCUCGAUAUUUGAAAGCUUUGUUCAUUAAAUUGCAAAUGUCGUAACGAUAUUAUUUGAUACUUAAGGUCCCGGCGUAACCGAACAACAAGCAACUCGUCGCGAAAAGCAACAGAUAUACAUAUAUCUAUAUCACCUGUUCCCCCAGUGUAUUGCUACUAUAAGAGCAAGAGAGAUGGAGCGAGCGCUUGCGGCUGAGCAUGCGAGUGGAAGCGAGAAGGGAGAUAUGACGCUAGCGCCACCGACUGCGAACUACACUGGGGGAAUGACGUCAUUCCCCCAGUGAGAAUCGGCACGAAAAAUAUUGAAGAACUGCGCUUCUACCCUACGUCUGAGUUCUUUGGUUCUAUCGACAUUUUCUUACUUAUAUAUAUUUGCGUAGCAACAGCUAGCCGGGAAAUUUUCCAAGAAUAAUAAUUUAUUAUAAAAUAAAAAUAUAAUUUACUGGAUUCUCACAAGUUGAAAAUUAGUUUUAUCGAGCAAAAAAUCCGAAUUAUAGUAGUUCUUAUUAAUUAUAUCAUUGCACCACCUACCGUACAUCACUGCAUGUUGUUUUGAAGUUAAACUUUCGUCUGUCUUUAUCGUCCUCACGGUCCUCGCCCGCCGCCGUGCCCCGUGCCCGUGGUUUUCACCAAAAUAUAACAAUUACAAAAACGUGGAUGAAGUGGUUUGCACAUUUAAAUGAUUUAUCAAAUUUAGAGGUCUUUAUAUUUUCAAGGAAUUAUGCAAUUAUAGCCAUAUAAUUUCAGCGCAUUUUGAAACGCGCUCAUUGCAACAUGUUUCGACAACAGUGCGCUCACAGCGCUGGCAACUGGCAACACACACAUGUUGUUGUUAUAUAUAUGUUCCACAUAAAAAAUUGGAGUCUUCUUCCAUAAAUUCUCUACAGGAAAGAUAAAAAUCG